AUGGAAGACGAACAAGAUUUAACUGUACAAAAAAAAUUAAGUUUUUCAAUUGAUAAUAUUCUUGACAAACCACAACCAUUAUUUAUUAAAAUUAAACAUCAUCAUUUACUUAUUAAUGGUAAUAAUCAAAAACAUUUAUCAUCCGAUGAAAAUAAACAUAUACAUUUAAUAAAUAAUCCUGAUGAUGAUAAUCAUGGUUGUAGUGAUUGUUCAGCUAUAUCAACAAGUGAUGAUGAUGAAAGUUGUUCAGAAGAUGGUAUUAUAAAUCAAUAUCAUCAUCAUGAAAUUAUACAUAGAAAAAAGAAGACUCGUACAGUAUUUUCACGUACACAAAUAUUUCAAUUAGAAACAACAUUUGAUCGAAAACGAUAUUUAUCUAGUGCCGAUCGAGCCAAUUUAGCUCAAGGUUUACGUCUUACAGAACAACAAGUUAAAAUUUGGUUUCAAAAUCGACGAAAUAAACUUAAACGUCAAAUAGUUGAAGCAAGUCAAUCAAUAAAUUCUGUUGUUGCAUCUUUACAGACUCCAUCAUCAUCAAAUAAUACGAUGAUUAAACAUCCAUUAACAAUACCCAGUGAUUUUUCGUCUUCAUCAUCGAAACAACAUCAUCGUUUUGAUCCAACAUCUUUUUAUGAAUUAGCUACUCUUGCGGCAGCACAUGCAGCAGCUGCUUUUCAUAAUAAUAAUAAAGCACAAAGUAGCACAACAUUCCAAGAUUUUGCCAAUUCUCUUACGACUCAAACAGCCGUUUGA